GAGUGUGUCGCCUGUUGUCGCUGUUCACCCUCCAGCCAGAGGGGGCGCCGGCGGCAGCAGCGAGCGUCUGGCUCAGCGCUGGCGGGUCCCUCCUGCGCCCUUGUCUCGCGCCCUCUCCGUAGGCUGCCGUCGCGCUGGGUGCCGGCGUGAAGGCGCGUGCGCACUGUGGCCUCUCCCCUCACCACCAUCCUCCCUGGUGUGAGGCGGGUCAACGACCGUCGGAGCCGCCAGCUAUAAGGAGUGUAUUGAAUGUCCAGAAGAAUGGCUGCUGAUACUUCUGUUGAAAUGUUUUCAAAAGUUCUGGAAAAUCAAAUGCUUCAGACUACUAAAGUAGUAGAAGAACAGCUGGAUGCUGAGAUUCAGAAAUUGGACCAGAUGGAUGAAGAUGAAUUGGAACGCCUUAAAGAAAGGAGGCUUGAAGCACUAAAGAAAUCCCAGCAGCAGAAACAAGAAUGGCUCUCAAAAGGACAUGGAGAAUAUAGAGAAAUCCCAAGUGAGAGAGACUUUUUCCGAGAAGUCAAAGAGAGUAAAAAUGUGGUUUGCCAUUUCUAUAAAGAUACAACCUUCAGAUGCAUGAUAUUAGACAAGCAUUUGGCAGCACUUUCAAAAAAACACAUUGAAACAAAAUUCCUAAAAUUAAAUGCUGAAAAAUCUCCAUUCCUGUGUGAGAGAUUAGGCAUCAAAGUAAUUCCCACUCUAGCACUAGUAAAAGAUGGAAAAACGCAAGAUUUUAUUGUUGGCUUUACUGAUCUUGGUAAUACGGAUGACUUCACCACAGAAACCUUAGAAUGGAGAUUAGGCUGUUCAGACAUAAUUAAUUACAGUGGAAACUUGAUGGACCCACCUUUUCAGAGCCAAAAGAAAUUUGGAACCAGUGUCACAAAGCUGGACAAGAAAACCAUCAGAGGAAAAAAAUAUGAUUCAGAUUCUGAUGAUGACUAAAAGCUCAGCUAUAAAUCUUUGUAUAUCAUUUUUUGUUUAAGCUUGGUACAUUUCUAGGAAUGUUUUUAUAAAGUCUAUUGAUUUCAGUAUGUUUGCACAUAGUACUCCAUUUUUCUGUACAAUUUUAUAAACUGAUUCACAUUCGAAGAAAUUCCAGCUAUUUGUUUGUCUUUGGAAGUAGGUUGAAAAUCUGAGCCCCUUUGAACCAGGUAUCAUCUGGGAACUGACCAUAAAUUUAAUCUGUUAUUUCAAAUCAUUUCCAUAAUCUACAUCUCCGUAUUUUAUACCAUUUAUCAUAUUUUCAAUAAAGGAAACUUAAAGAGGCAAGAAUUGCAAAUAACUGUUACCAGAAUAGUGCGUCUUAAAGCAUUGCUUUAUCUUAUAGUGCCCUAGUGUAGCAUUGACUAACUUAACUACAUUGGACUAUAAAUUGUAAAACAGUCUUAGCGUUUGUAAAUUUUCAAGUCGACUGUCAAAAGAAAUUCCCAUUUACCAAGUAGGUACACCGCAUGUUGCAGCUGAGCCAGCAUGUAAUAGCACACAACAACAAGUGUACUGAAAACACCUUGCUUGCAGGGUUAUGUAAUAUAAAUUCUGUGGUUGUGAAUUUUAGAGCAGAUGCUUGUACAAGAGAUUAGGCAGGAUAAGAACAUCAGAAGGGACAAUGUUUGUUUUUAAAUUUGAGGCAGUACAUUAUAUUUUAUUGCACUGUUGCUCUUCAGUAAUAGAUAAGGCCUUAUCUGAAUCGCGAGAUGAUCUUCAAAUAAUUGCGGCCGAGUUACAGACAAGACAUGGAAAAUUGCAGAAAAGUAGUAAUGGACCUUUUUUAAUAGCGGUAAUUUGGAAAAGCUAGAGUAGACCUAUUUGCUGGAACAAUAUAAACACUCAAUUAUUAUAUAUGCCUGCAAAUUUUGCACCUAUAUUAGAUUCAUUUAAAAAAAAAAAAAAGGUAACCAGUACAAUAUAAAAUUCAGAAGACUAAAAGUCUUAACACAACUGCAGAAAUCAAGUCAUCACUUUAGCCAUUUACAUAUUACAGGCAUUGAGUGUUAGAGCAGAACGCCCUGCUACAGUGGUCUCCUUCAUGCCUUGUCUGCUUUGUGAAGACUUGUCCAUACCGAGAUACUAUACACUCAGCAUCCACAGAAUUAGGCAAGAUCAAUAGUGAUUGCUUUGCUGUCUCUGCUAACUCUGGAAAACACUGUAGAACUGAAGAUCAUUUAAUGUAUUAAUGGGGGGAAAAGUAUGUGUUGCAAACCUCAAAUGUUUGCAAAAUUGUGGACUGUGCAAAGUAAGCUAAUUUAAAACAAAAUUGCAGUGGAAGCCUAAUACUCGAAAGCUGCAGUUUCCACAAUAGCGCAAGUGAAGUAGGAUUUUAGUAAUAGAUGUAUUUUUUCAGAAGAGGUCGCUCUCUCAUUGAAGCUCUGAGGCUAGCAUGGAGUUCAGUUUAUCUAGCUGAAGAGUGGAUGGGUUUCUUCUUCAGUUUUUAUAAACACUAGUUUUUAAUUGCAGAGCAAUGCAGUCCUCUUGGGGAAUAAGCGUAUGGCACUUUCAGCUCCUUUUUGGCCUAACAAGCAAGGUGAAGACUGGAAAUCUAAUAAGUCUCACAGCUUAGUAGUGAAGAAGACUUGCCAAUGGGCCAGCCCAGCAAUAUAUUUCUCUCAAGUCUGUAAAUCUCAAUUAUAUUUUGUUUCAAUUCAUGUACAUUGAAAUAAAGUUACUUGAAUUCGGA